AUGGCUUCAAAAAUAGCUGUUCAACCACUUAAACCAAUAGAUCUCUCUGAAAAAAAACAUUUUACUUUUGAUGACAUUCCCGAUUUGACUGGAAAAGUUGCAAUCGUUACGGGAGGAAAUACUGGAAUAGGAUAUUUUACGUGCAGAGAAUUAGCCAGACAAAGCGCUCAUGUGUUUGUAUUAAGUCGUAAUAUCGAGAGAGGUCAGACAGCCGUUGAAAAAAUUAAAUCUGAGACUGGUAAUCAAAAUGUUGAAUUUUUGCAAUUGGAUUUAAAAAAGUUAAGAUCCGUUAAAGAAUGUGCCGAAAAAUUUUUGGCUAGAAAUUUACCAUUGCACAUUCUGAUUAACAAUGCGGGAAUCACAACAAAAGAAUUUUCGCUUACUGAUGAUGGAAUUCAAGAAGAAUUUGGACUUUUGACUAAAUUAUUAUUGCCAAAAAUUAAAGCUUCGCAACCAGCACGUAUAGUAAAUCUUAGCAGUCAUGCUCACAGAGCAUUUGCCUCUGAGGGUGGAUUUGAUUUCGAGAAAUUAAACGAUCCAAAUGCAAUGGACUCAAUGCCACGUUAUGGUCUAUCAAAACUUGCAAAUAUUUUAUUUACUAACGAAUUGAAUAAACGAUAUCUUGAAGGCGAGCAAAUAUAUACUAACUCUCUUCAUCCAGGACUCAUAGAUACAAAUCUGAUAAAAAAGAAUGAUUUUGCUUUGCCAGAACAUUAUUUGGUUGGUUUAAUCUCACCUGAGGAUGGCGCUAUUACUUCCUUGUAUUGUGCCACAAGCCCAGAAAUCGAAGAGAAAAAUUAUCGAGCAAAAUAUUUUGAACCAUUUGGUAAAGAAUGUGAACUACCUCCAUAUGCUGAAGAUGAUGAUUUGGCUAAACAACUUUGGGAAUUUACCGAGCAUUUGAUCAACGAAAAAUUGACUCAAAACUAA